AUGGAGAACAAGAACAUCACCACCAAGACGACGGGCGAAAACGACGACGACAACGGGAUCAUGGACGAAGAGGGGACAUACAGCUACACGGCUGUCCCAAUUCACAGCCAAGUGAUGAAGAUCAAGCAAGAGUUUGAGAAGAUCAAGCACCCGUCUCUGCAGCAGCCUGCAGAGACGAGGCUGAGAAGGGUGCUUCUCCGCGAGAUUACGCGCCAGCGCUCGCGUUCGCCGCUCGGGUUGGCUGCAUAGGGAUAAGCCUCGUUGGGGUUGCCCUGCCUGCAUCUGCAUGGUUAUGGUGGCGACGCUUUAGAGUUUACUUUUUUCUGGUUUAUUUCCUUACUGUUUUUCUUGCUUUUCUGUUUCUUCACCGCGCCAACUACGACAGUUCUGGUCUUUUGGGUUUUACUACGUCAGUUGUACAGGUUUCUGUUUUGUUGGAAAUUUAAGGAAUAGUGAAAUUAAUCUUAAUUUUCCA